AUGUGGACGGAAUUGGCACUGGAAAGCACUCGAGACGCUUCGAAUUCCGCCGGAACCCACACAUAUCGGCUUGCCGCCACAAUGACUCCCCACAGACCUUCUUCUGAAGACGUCGCUGUCGGGUUCACAGAUCGGAAAGUGGGUUUGUUAAAUUAGGGAUUUAUGGUAUCUAAGCUUUUAACAGGAACUUUAUUACUUAUAAAUUCUGGUGGAAUUUUUAUUAAGAAAGUUCUGGAAAGCCGAAGUUUGAUACCCCCCCCACACCCCCCGAAAUCCUUGCUUUAAAAUCGCAAAAAUCCCGCAAGAUUAUUCGAAAAAUAAUCUCGAAAAAACCUUUUGUUAUCUUCACGAAAUUCUCCAUGCUUCUUUGAAUACCCCAGCACAAAAUUUCAAGGGUUCUUCGCGAAAAAUGUUUAUAAAGUCCCAGAAAAAAACAGCGCUCAAUAAAGAAAUUCUAGAAAUUCACUAGACUAUUUGCAUGUGAGCUGAUUGAAAAUUUGACACUCAUUUCGAAAUUUUUUUUUUUCAAACUCCAGUUGUAAAGUUCCCCACAAGUUCAGAAACAGAUGCUGCUUUUUUCACAGAAAAUCGUUCAGCCAGAAGCAUUUUUCUUCGAAAUCACUUGUUUUUUGAAGCCAAAAAUUGUCUUGGAAAACAAAAAAAAAGGCGAGAAUUGAAUCGACGAUUGAGGAGGCCAUCGACAAACCGAUUAUCUUCCUGCUCCGGGGCAAAAUAUUCAAGAUUUCACAGGCCAAGAAUCAAUGA